AUGAAGAAGAAGGAUGAUCUAAGUCCUAAUGACGAGUUUGAUGAUCUUACAGAAGAGGACUUGGCAUUUUUUGAUGGUCCUGAAAAGGAGGAGGCAGGGGGAUCAUUGAAGCGUCAUCAUCAAGAUUUGAACAAGAACGAAAAGGAGGAGGGGGGGUCAUCAACCAAAGAGCCUAAGACUAAGAAACAAAGGGUAGCGACUGCGGUGGUGCAGGAGCGGGUGGUCACGAGUGAGGACGACUUUUUGGAAUACAUCGGUAACCAACUUAAAGGCACAUUCAUAAAAUUUUUGAUACAAAAAGAUUUGUUUGCUAGCGAUUUGAAUCCCAACUUAUGCCGGUUGAAUAUCCCUUUUAAACAAGUCGCCGAUCACAGUUUCUUGCGAGACCAGGAGAAAAAGACUAUACAGAAUGAGAAUGGAAUUACAGUUGGACUAGUGGGUCCAAAUAGGGAGUUUCAUAAAAAAGAUGAUAACGAAUUUGAGUUUUCGAUAUGGGAUCAGCGAUCAAGCCAAAACUAUGUGUUAAAGAAAGGAUGGAAUAGGUUUGUUCGAGACGAUGCUGCUGUGUUGAAGUUAAAUGCCACUAUUCGAUUGUUCUCUUUUCGUGAUGCAAACGAUGGUCUAUGUUUUGGGUAUACUGGGUAG